UAAAUGCUCCUAGACAGGUAGCAGAUCAUCACUGGCUAGCUCGAUCCGUUGGCUCCAUUAUAUAUCUGUGCUGUGCUGUGCUGCUUCAGCCUGACACAGACAGUUACUUAGUUCUCUCCAUUUACAUGCAAGUUAUAGAUCGAUCCUUGCUUUGCCGAUCAAUUUUGUUUAUCGAUCAUUACCACUUCUUCCGGGUAACUCUUUCGCCUCCCUGAAUCUCUGUCGGCAACAAAGAUUCUGAAUUAGGAUUUUGAUCCACCCAUAAUAUAUUGUACAUAAGUAGUAUCAUGUGCGACUUCUUUUGGCUGUCGCCGGCCGAUCUAGGCGACCUCUCGGACGUCGUCCGGGAGAGCCUGCAGCCUCCACCGCCACACCACCACCGACUGCCGGCGGCCACUCCUGCUUCCUCGGCCAUCUGCUCGUCGGGCUCCCAUCAUCUGCCGGAGGAAGAGGCGUUGCUGCUGCUGCAAGCUCGACUCAACUUCGGUGGCGACGAUCACGAUGAAGCGCGCUCGCAGCUGCAGUCGCAGCAGCAGCUGGUGCAUAGCAGUAGCGGCAUGGUGGAGCUCAUGCUGGGCAGCAACGGCAGUGGCGGCUGCGCUUGCGAUCAUGCAGCUGCGCUGUGUCCACAUCACCAUCCAGAGGCAGAGGAACUGAUUCCUCGGCCCACGUCCGGGCCGCAGCAACAGCUGUGCGCUUCCACUCGUUCCAGCUUCGUCGAGAGGAGGGACGAUGAUGCUCCCGUGCUACAGGAGCACGUCCUGGACAUGGCCAUGGCCCCUCAUCGCCCUCAUUCCUCGGCAGUCAAGAGAAGGAAGAGCCAGACGAAGAAGGUGGUGUGCAUCCCCGCGCCGGUGGCGGCGCCACCGGGGGUGGGCGGGAGGCCGAGCACGAGCGGCGAGGUGGUGCCGUCGGACCUGUGGGCGUGGAGGAAGUACGGGCAGAAGCCGAUCAAGGGGUCGCCGUACCCGAGGGGGUACUACCGCUGCAGCAGCUCCAAGGCCUGCUCCGCGCGCAAGCAGGUGGAGCGCAGCCGCACUGACCCUUCCAUGCUCGUCGUCACCUACACCUCCGACCACAACCACCCCUGGCCUACGCAGCGCAACGCGCUCGCCGGCUCGACCAGGCCGGCCUCCUCGUCCUCCUCGUCGGCCAGGGGCCAUCAUGGUCACAACCAUCGACAUCAUCCCUCCGCGGCUGCCGUUCCAGAUACGGCACCGGCCGCCCACCGUCACGCCAGCAACGUCGCCGUCGCCGACAAUGCAACGACGCCAGGUUCCAUCAUUAGCGCCAGUGUCCAUCGCCAGCUGCUCAAGCAGGAGGUGGUCGACAUGGAUAAUUCCAAGCCCGCGGAGGACGCUGCUGCUGACCAUGACUUGGGCUUCGGCAUGUUUGCGGACAUGGACGGCGCCCUCGACGUUCUGUGCGCCCCCGAUUUCCAUCCAAAAAAGCAGCAACAGCAGGCCACUGCUCAGCAGUUGGAGAAGCUGCCGGAGGAAGAAGGCACGCAGUUGCUGCUGGGUCCCGAUCCCUUCAGCUUCGGCUUCUUGGACUGGGUUGGCGCUUCAUUUGGAGUCGGAGAGAGAGCAGCAGAUGACGGUGGUCAAUAAAUAAUAAUGCAUCACUACUAUUACUAAUCUAGAACUGAUCUACAUACAGACCAUCCAGCUAGCUAGCCUCUAUUUCAUAAGCAAAUUAAGCGCGCCGACGACAGAUCUUAUACUGAUAAUCUUACUAUAGUCUCCUUUGUGUAUUCAACUAUUCAAGUAGACAGUAUUUCACAUUUUCACUCUACACAGCUGGCCUUAAUUUCUGUCGGUUGUGCCUGUUCGUUUUAUUUUAACUGAAAUGAUCAGUGAUACUCCUGUUUGUUA